AUGGAGGAGCGAGUCCCGUCUGCAGAAUGCAGCACGGAAUAUUUUGCUCCUCCGCCUCAUUCUCCACCACACUCUCCACCCUCAUCACCACCUUCUCAUCAUAACAGCAUUAUACAACCAUUACCCAUUCCUCCUGGAUUGAAAACAUUUGUGAUUCGAACCCCAAGAGACCAAGUUUAUCGCGUGCCCCCACCAGAGAAUUCCAAGAUUGUCGAAAGCUAUAUAAAGAAAAAUCAGGAGAAAAAGGGCCCUGGUAACUGCAUUUGGAUUUUACUUGGCCUUGUCAUAUUAGGUGUUUCCUUGGGUCUGUUCUUCGGGGUCGUUGCUGCACUUUACAAGCCUGAAAUCCCAGAAUUCGAAAUCACUGAUUUCAAGGUUACUCAGAAGCACCCCAAGCAAGAGUAUGAAAUCACAUUGAAUGUCAAGAACCCAAAUGCCAGGAUGGAGGUUUCCUACGGAGGAGAUCGAUAUGGAUUACUCUCAUUCGAUCAGAAGAAAGUUGCAGAUGGAAAAUUCGAGCCAUUUUCUCAGGAAGCCGAAAAAUCUAGCAACCUAACCAUAAACCUUAAAGAACGUGCACAAGGGCAACUGCCAAGUGAGAUGGAAAGUAGCAUGAAUAGCAACAAAACGAAGAAGGCGGAGUCUUUAGGGUUUAAAAUGUUUGUCACUGCAACGAUUUCGAGCUGGGCCAAAACAAGUCACAGGGAAAUCACAGUCCCAUGUACUUUCAAGGUAAAUACCUUGGCCAAAGAUACGCGAAUUAUUUAUCAAGAUUGCAGUACGGAGGUCCAGUAA